CUCAGUAUGACUACCCCAAUUGGCGUUAACGUGAAGACGAAUUCCCCGGCGUUAUAAACUUUAGCCACACGAUGUCGUCUUCAGCGUUCGCAAGCCGGCCACAGCGGUUAGGCUGUCGUAAGCUGCUAUGCCAAGGAAAUACCUGCUAUGAAUUACGCAUAUGCACUAAUCGUACGUGCAAGCGGCAAGGCUCAGAGCAGGUAAUGACCAACAUUGGUAGCGACGCACGGAAUUGGCCCAAGCCUUUACUGCGGUGCUUGCUCUAUUCAGGCAACUGUGGUAGCGGUCCAAACGUGGUUCUCCUUCCAAAUAAACAGCUUUUUAAACACGUGGCGACACCAAACGACGUGGUGCAGGUCAUCCAGACCUUUUGCGGCUCGAGCGUCGAUGACACCGUCUUACAGGCCACACAGCUCCGCCUAGCCGGCAAUGCCGCCGCCUCCCAGAGCGACCUACCCCAAGCGCUACAAUGCUACAGCGCCGCGAUAGACCUCCGCCCUCUCCACGGACUACACCUGCUGUACUGCAAUCGGAGCGCCGUACAGCUGCAGAUGGGCGACGUAGGAGCGGCGCUGGAGGACGCGCGGCGAGCAGCGGAGUUGGCACCCGCUGGGUUUCACACUGCGAUCGUCCGGCUGGUGGAUGCGCUGUACGCCGCGGGGCGGUACGGCGAGGCAGCGGAGGAGUGCCGGGGCGCCGUACAACGAGACAGCUCCUUCGCCUUCCGAGACGAAUAUCGGGUCAUCAAGAGGGCGUUGCAGAGCGCAGGACAGCCCGUGUAGGAACCAUUCAGGGGGGAGGCUGUAUCUAGGAACCACCUGGGGGAAGGCAAUACCUAGGACUCCCAAAAGUGAGGCUCGGAAAGGGGACUGCCACAAUGACGGCCUCGGGGUCUCCUGCCUUGUGACCUUCAACAGCCGCGUGUGUACAGCACAGCCGCGCAACCGUAUAUGUGUUCCUUGCAGCCCUGGUGUGGGUGGGCGGUGUGUGGUUUUUCUGUGUGUGCAUCUUUCAUCUGUCUAUAUAAGGAGGCAACAUGUCCUUGGCCUCUAUGGCUCGUACGGACAUCCUGUACACGCGUACGGACUGAAAUUGUGUACCAUGUAGCGGAACUUGACAAACUGUGACUUCUUAUGAACAGACGCAUCCUCCUCUAUGUGCUGCUGCGAGCGCGCAACAAGCAAACUGGGGAGGAGGCGAACGCGCAUCGGCAGGUUUGGUGUACUUCUUACAUGGCCUCAUAGGUAAGGCACCCAUGUGUCGUGCCGUAAAGUUGGGCGGAACACGCAACAUAGUACCGUGUCUCAGCCAUUCCUGUCGACGGUUUACGCAUUCCUGAAAG